ACCCGGAUGCAGCUACUCCGCAAGAUGGCGGCGGGGCGGGCGGGGGACACGCUGUAACGCCGGCGAGGGGUGUCCGGCCCCGCCAUGGCGGACCUGGGCCGGCAGCUGCAGGAGUACCUCGCGCAGUCGAAGGCCACUACCGCCGCCGCCUCCAGUGCGGCCCCCGCGCCGCCGCCCGCCGGCUGCUCGCAGGAGGAGGCGGCGGGGAGUGGCGGCCUGGGGGCCUGGCUGGGCCCGCUGAACCCCUUCCCACCGGGCCGCGGCGCCCCCCCUGCGGCGGCCGGGCCGGGCUCAGGCUCAGGCUCAGGCUCGGGGUGGCCAUGGGCCGCCGAGGCGGACCCCUGCCUGCCGGGUCUGUCGCGCUGGCAGCGGCUGGCGGGGAGCGGGCUGUGCCUGCUGCUGGCCGCCCUCUGCUUCGGGCUGGCCGCGCUGUACGUGCCGCUGCUGCUGCUCCGCGCCCGCAAGUUCGCGCUGCUCUGGUCGCUCGGCUCGCUGUGCGCCCUGAGCGCCGCCGCCCUGCUGCGCGGGCCCGCCCGCCUCCUGCGGGAGCCCAGCCGCGGCUCCCUCCUCUACUUCGGCGCCCUCGGCGGCACCCUGUACGCGGCGCUGGGGCUGCGCAGCACCCUCCUGACGGCGCUGGGCGCCGCCGUUCAGCUGGGCACCGCCGCCGCCGCGCUCCUGGCCGCGCUGCCCGGGGGCGCCGCCGGCCUCCGCCGCCUCGGCGGCCUCCUCUGCGCUGCCGUGCGCCGCGGCGGCAAAGCGCUGCCGGUAUGAGCCCCGCGCCGCCGCCGCGGGGGAAGGACCGGCCGCAGCCCGGCGGGACUCGGACCGAGGGACUGAAAGACUCGCGCUCGGCAGAGCACGAAGACGCGUCUCCGAGACGGGGAUGAGGAUGGCGCCGUCUUACGCCGCUUCUCUUCACCUCCUUGGCGUUGCUGCUGGGCUUUCCUCGCCAGUUCUUGAACCAGAACAGCGGCUGGCACCCGCGACCGGCACCGGUGACUCUAAACGCGUUGUGCUGUGCUCAGGUGUGACGGGGUUGGUGCCAACUGAGCACAGGAUUUUGCCUUAUUGCAAAGUCAGCUCGAUAGCCAUGGUCUGGAGUCUCUCCGGCUCUGGUGGGAGCUGGCAGCAUCCCACUUCCCUACCUCCAGUAUAGGACCAUGUGGCUGCUGCAGCCUACUUCAAAACGAUGGUAGACUAGCAAGCAGCGGUGAUUUCCCGUGUUUUGGAAUGUUAACGACAGCACCACUUGUAAUCUGUAGACAGCUGUGGCUAAAGGUGAAAAUGAAAGUUCUCUAUGCAUCAUAAACCAAAAACCUAGGAAUCAUCCAGCUAUGAGUAUUUUAAACAGUUGAGAUUUCAGGAGGUAAUUCUGUUGCUCCAUCUGAUACAGAAGUUUGCCCAAAGACAACCCUCUUUAUAGUAAUAGGAUUCUGGUUUCCGCCCUCCUUCAAAGCGUGGAAAUUCAUCUGGAGUAGGAAGUAAACCCUUCCGGCCUCCUGCGCAGUAAGAGAUGCAGGGGACAGGAGUAAGAAGAGACAUUGGAUUCGUGACAAUACUGUAAUUUGCCCAAGAAGUGUCUUUGCUUCCUUAUCCUUGCAUUUCAGUGUGGAAGAAUGUUCCCCUCACCUCUAACAGCACCACGACCUCGCCCCCGAACACCAUGGUCCCUUCCUCUUGAGUUUUCAUCUGGAGAGUCAAAAGCAUCAUCUGGCCCAAAAUCUUCAGGGCCAGGAAAGCCAUCUCUCCCCCUGGGUCCCCGGCCCUCAUGUCUUGAGGGGCCUCCUCUUCUGAAGCUACAAGAAAGAACAUGGUACAAAUGUGGUUUUUAGGCAGAAUUUAGAUUGAGAAAACUUCAGUCAGCUUCAGCUUAAUAAUCAACUCAUUUCUGAACUGUUUUACUUAAUACUAUAGCACAUACAGUUACUAGAAUAGGAUUUGUAGGUGGAAAAGUGCUCAUUUUCUGCCUUUGAGCACUUCAUUUAUUAAUUUUUGUAAUUUCCCCUCAUUUCCUUCUGUUGAUUGUGUUGUUUUCUCAUACAAGAAAUACUUUCAAAUAUACUGUGUUCAUUUAAUGAAAAGGGGGAGAGAAAAAUCAGUGAGUGUUGACAAAUAGAAGGUAAAGUAUAAGUGAAUUUCCCUUAAUGUGGUGGUCUUAUUUUCCCCUUCCAUUUUUGCCCCUUCCAUUGUAGUGAUAAAAACAAACUGGAAGAAUACAAGCAAUGAGAGUCAUGGCUAUAACAAAACGUAUCAGCAUCUCAUUCCAUUGAUUUUUGCUAUGCUAGAACAUUCUCGUUUCUGUUCCAUUCUUCUAAGUCUAGAUGAAUCUGGACUGCCCUUGGCUCUGUAGGGAUGAGGCUGACUGUUGAACAGCAUGCACAGUGGCAUUCUACGACCUGAAGAGCGGUUUAUUCAAAUGCAAUAAUGAAGGAUUUUGUUUUGCAAAACAUAGUUUUGACACUGAAGCUUAAAAUUUCCUUCUAGUAAGUCCCAUGGCAGUAAUUUGCUAUGGCUGGGUUCUGCAUCUCAUCUGAAAUGAGCAUAGCUCCUCCAGUAUCACGCUGGGGUUUUAAUAUAGAUGUUCAGAGAGACGAAUGGUUCUUAAUGAACUGUCAGUGCCAUUUCAGGUAAGCCUGUAGGUGGCUGCAUGAAUACUAGUAGUUUUGGUUUUCACAUUGCCAGUUUAAACACUCGGAGUGCCUGUAAAAGCACAUAUGUGUUCUGUAUAUUACUGCAACUCCAGAAGUGCAUCCUAACUAGCACCGGUUGUUAGGAUUGCUUUAGUUUACAGCCCAGUUUCUGUGCAAGCAGAGAGCUUUAGGCAGUGCAGGCACACUGGUUCAGGAGUCCUCACGGUCAGUGUGACCCCACGCUGCUCCUGCCCACCCCUCAGCAGCAGCACACAUAAUGCAGGGCAUUCUUUGCCCAUUCCCACUGAUGUCCCCCCACCUCCCCUCUCUUCCCAGUUUCACACUGGCCAGAUUGUAACCACCAUAAUACUCGGAUGGUGUUGGCUUUGUGCAACAUCCCCUUCCCCAGCUCAUUAACGACACAGUGCAUCCUAUUACAAGCAAAACUUUAGAUACUUUUAUUUAGAAUUUUAACAACAUUAACCUUUUAAUUACAAAUUUAAAUAUUUUAACAGUAGUCAUAACACAAUACAAUAUUUUUAAACUUUUACAUUUCUUUUUUUCUUUUUCAUUAAAAACAAUAGGUCUGUCUCCACCUCCCAGAAAACAAACACAAUACAGAGAGGAGGCUGCUGUGCCUGUAUAGGUACAACAGUGGAUGGAGGGAGUGCUGUGUGUGGACAAUGAACCAUUUUACAUUAACCUGGAUGAUCUGGGAAAACAAACUGAACAGUUUCAGGUACAAAUGGUUCAGAUGAUCACAUAGCAAUAUUGUUUAGCCUUGAAACAGCACAGUCCUCUAGACGUUCUUUAGAGGGCCUCCCAUUUUAAUACUGACAUGGUGUGAUUCUGCUUAGCGUGUAAAUUACCAAGAUUUGAAACACAAAGUCUUAUGGCUAGCAGGAAUAGGGCCUUUCCUUUUGUUUCCAGGCAACGUUAUGGACACAGUUUAGUUCUGAAAUCUAUCAUACCUAUGCCUGACAUAGCCACAGCUCCUAAUAUUGUGUUAUGUAUAUUCUAUUUCAUAUCAGUCACAUGUAAAACCCUGCCUUGCAUAGGGCUCAGUUUCUGUUUGACUGCUCUUGGAUCUUCUUCCUUGAGGCCUAGGACCUUAAUGUACAGAACUACACACUGUGCAGAUUAGCAGGCAGGAAGAGGCAGGUCUCCUCUGCAGUAGAAGCAUCAUGUUGAUAUGCAUAGGUAAGUAAGAACAGGACAGGGAUGAAAAGGACGGGAAAUUAGAGAGAAACACACAUACACACACUUCCCUCUCAUGCUUCAUCAAACCAGUUACAGUCUAAAUUCCAAACCAAGUCAGCUAAAUGAGUGGUUGGGAUUCUUGAGUUCACCUCAGCAUCUGCAGUAAAUGGCACCUAAUUCACCUUCAUUCAAAGGAAUUCAUGAAGUUUGCAAGCACAAUAAGCCUUCUAUAGCUCUGUGCUGACUCCUUUUAAACCAAGCUGUACAAACACUUGUACUCUAAAUAGACUCUUCUUAGUUCAGAAGUUAGAUUUACGGGUCACAAGGUUCUUAGACUCUUCCUGAAACCUUUCUAAAAAUCGGAAUCAUCAUAAAAUAUCUUUCAGUCCCAUAGCAUUUCCAAUGUAAGAUCUGAAAAUCUCUACUGAGCUUCUAAAACUGUUGUCUGCUGCAUCUUCUAGAAUUCUAUAAUGCAGACCAUUCAGCUUGGAUUCUCUCUAUUUUUACUUUUUAAAAAUGGCUUUGUUACCUUCUUUUAGUUAUUGUUCAUUUCUUUUCAUACUCUUCACACAAAAGGAAGGUACAUCUUUACAGAGCUAGGUAGAAAAUAGCUAAAAGAAGAGCUGUAUAGAUGCAAAGUAAAAGGAAUGUAAGAAAAUGAUUAAAAAGGCAACUAAAACACACAAAAUUCACAUUAUGUGGAGACCACAAUAUAUUUGUACAAGUACAUGUUCUUAUACAUAUAGAGUUGGUGGUCAGUGAGAGGCUUAGACCUUGGAGGCCAAAUUUAACUCAGUUAAACUAGCAUAAAUGUGGAGCAAUUUUGGUGACAGUUAAUCUUGCUGACUUAGCAUAAUUCCUCCAUAUUUACAUUUGUAUCUAGACACAAAUUCAUCCCUUUAAUUUAUUUGGAAAUUGUGAGCAAUGACGUGGACAUUGCCGUAAGUUGGAUUAUUUUUGAGUUCUUCGCUUGGCAUUAAGAAAUAAAAGUCAGAAAGAGAAAUAAAAUCUCUACAAGCAAAACCAUGAGAAAAUAGUCUCAACAGUCCAACAGAUGCUGUAGCUCUGUCCCUUAUAUUUGAUAGGAGGAUCACUGUUCUGCUCCUUACAAGUAUCUUACAUCUCAUUCUACAGUCUCUACAGUCAUGCUGUAGUUUGUGACUGGAGACAAAGUCUCAAAAUCCACUUCUAGUGUUCAAAAAGUUUGUCACUUUAACCUUCAAGUUUCCUCUCAAUUUUCAUCAAAACGGUCUCAAAUCUUCAUCCUGUGUCACUGGAUCUUCUCUAAAAAUUUCCUCCCUUCUCUUUACUUACUGUUUAAAGACACGGAAGCUGCUGUGUACAAUGACCAUUUUUCAAGUUUUCUUCUAUUACUGAAUGAUUUUUAUGGACUCUAUACUCAGGUAUAUUAGAGUUUUCAUUUCCUUAUUGGUUUCCAGUUUAUAAAUCUGAAACAGAUAGACUCCUUAAUGAAAAGGAAACCAGGAAGAAAGAGUUCCCUCCAUUUACCCUUUAACCCCCCCACAAAAUGAGUAGAUUAAUUCUUACCUCUCAUCUCGUCUUCCUCGGAACCGUGCAUCCUCAGGAUCCCGUGGAUAUCUAUCAUCUGAAGGUCUGCGUCCUUCCCAAGCACCAGGAGGCCCACGGUUUGAACCCCCUCCUUCAAAUUCCCUGUGAUCAGGAGGAAAGGGAGGCCCAGGUCCACCUCGUCUCCAUUUCUCAUCUUGCAAUGGUGGGCCUCCUCUCCCCUCAAAUUCCCGUAAUCGAUGGCCAAAUCUCUUAUCUGGAUGGAAGUCGUCACGGAAGUCAUCUGGUCGAUCAAAGUCAUCAUGGAAAUCUGGGUGAGGUCCUCGUCUAUCUGGCAUGCCCCUGCUGUCUCUACCAUCACCCCACUCCUGGCCACCUCGAAACAACCCUCUCUCAGGCCCAUGAUCAGGACCACCACUGUUCUGGUCGUGCCUUCUAUCUGAGAGAGGGCCCAUGUGAUGGUUUGGUGGACCACGGGAGUCACCUUGAGGGAAAAAAUCAUAGCAGAUUUCUGUAAUGUUUUCUAAAAAGGCUUUAGGAUGCUCUAGUUCGUACAGUUCUACAAAGUACAUGCUAUACAUUUCACAUUCAAUCAUUUUUUUUGUGGCACAACGUUUCCUCUAUAUUCCAGCCCAAGUCUACAGAAGUUUCCUCUCAGCCAAGGCCCUGUCCUCUGCUGUAGCUUUUUCUGUCUAGAGGCACUGCACUGGAACAGCCUCUUUAGGAGAAUUACUCACAGAAGAACAGAUAACAUAGUUAAUUACCUUUAUUAAGACCAGGUCCUUGGUUGUGAGGGCCAAGACGACCUUGUCCUCCCUGCUGCCCCAGUCCUGGUAUCAGUGGUGGAGGACCUGGGUUCUGUCCAUCCUAUGAGCAUAUAAUAAGAAAGCCAUGUGAUUGCCAUGUGUGAGUAUUUUUGCUUUUAAGCAUUUUCUAAGGGGGCAAAACAAUUUUCUUUACAUAAAGACUGCACCUGCACAGGUCUUAUGAAAGAAACAGCUGCUUUUCCAAGGGUUUCAGCCUAAUUUUUCAGACAUUCACAUCAGUAAUGCUUUUCAGUCACUGUCUGAGGAACACAUCAUUUUAUAGCAAACUCAGCUUUUCAGGGACUAGAAUUUCACCCGUAACAACCAAAGAUAAUAAAGCUCAUAAUCUAGCUGUCUGUUAGAGCAGAUGACGAAACUGUGUGUUUUUGUUUGAGAAAUAUCAGGUACUGAUUUAUAUGCAGUUAAAGAGCUGCACAGACCAAAGACUUCCUUUGGAAAUGAAGAAAAUAAAACAAUGCCAAAGAAAAAAACCCAAGAAUGUCAGGACAAGGGAGAAAACAACAGGGCUUAACAGCAUCUCUCCUGUAAACCUUUCUAAACUUUUAACAUGGAAAUAACACGAGUUUCAUUUUUAACAUGCUGGCAAAGUUUGUUUUUCUUAAUUCUAAUUCUAGGAUCAAAAGAAAGUACUAAUACUUGGCUAAGCACCAAAAGACACGUUGUUAAUGGGUUAGUAAGCAAUGACAGGGCUAAAGGCAGACAGUGUAAAAGCUUUUCUCAAGCAGAAAGAGUGGAGCGAGCAGAGGUUUGUGCAAGUAAUAUGAUCCCAAAGGAAAAAUAAAGUAUGUAUAAAUAUUUUGUUAUUUUCUCUCUUAUUUUGUGAAUUUUAAAGAAUAAAGUUGUAAUUUUUAAAUUCACUGUCACGAACUCAUGAAAGAUUUCUACAGGUACCACAUUUAUACUGGGCCCACUAUAACAUUGGCCAGGAAAUAAUGUGGUUGAACUGUCUGAUUCUGCCUUUAAAUAGCAAA